AUGCUGUCAAUUUUAUUUGAAUUAUUUGUUAUUAUUAUUUACUUUAUACCAUUAUCAUCUUAUAUGAAUAUAUUAAAAGAUUCUCUAUUUUCAUCAUCUAAAAAAAGAAAAGUUAAAAGAUCAAGUCAAAAUUUCUUAGGAAAAUAUGAAUUUCGUCAAGCAAAUCAUUCUCUAACUGAUUCACAUCUAUAUACAUUUGAAAAUCCUAAUAUUGAAUUAGAAACAAUUAGUUCUGAUGAAGAAACAAAAUCACAUGAUGAACAUACUAUUCGUACUCGUUAUUCACAACAAUAUUUAACAUCAUCAUCAUCAUCAGCACAUGAUGGUGGUUCAAUUGUUAUUAUUGAAAAACCUAUUUUAUCAAAUGAAACUAUCCAAGCAUUUGCUAUUCGAUAUCGUGUACCUGUUUCUCAAUUAAAACGUUUAAAUAAUCUACAAAAUGAUCAAGAUUUUUAUGCAUUAACAUAUUGUCGUGUACCUAUACGUCGUUUUAGUUUACUUCAUGAAUAUUCUGAAUCAUCAUUACCAUCAUCAACAGUUGUUGAUUUAAAUGAACAAUCAACAAUUUCAUUACCUAUUACACAUCUUUCUCAAAAAAAUCAUCUUGCUUUUUUAAAUGCUAUGGAUCAAGAUUUAGCAUCAAUGCGUGCUAAAGUUGAACAAUUAAUUGAAACAUCAUCAACAUCAACAUUAAUUUCUAAUCAAUUAACAUCACCAUCAUUAACUCAAAGUAUGAUAAAACCAGUAAGAAAUACAACUACUCAAUUUAAUUGUGAUGAAGCUGAUUGUGGCUGUAAAUUUUGGCAUAUUAUUAUUAUUAUUAUUAUUCUUGUUCUAAUACCAUUUAUUUGUGCAUAUUUUUAUAUCAAAUAUCCUCAUAGUAAUUAA